GGCUUCGGGGCUGCGCAUGGCAGUAGGGAACGAGAAAAAGAUAGAGAGCCGAGCCGCCAAGGAUCAGUGCGCAUGUGAAGUCCCGUGUUUCCCGCGCUACAUUCCGCUCCUCAUCCACUACUGGGUCGGCGGAGUGACCCUCUUCUGUGAUACCAGAGUGUGACAUGAAGGAUCCUUAUAUUGUAGUUCACAGGCUAGUGUGAGGAAAAGAGGAGGAGCAAGAGUCUGUUGAUGCCUUGCCUCCUACUUCACUCGCCUCUCCUCUGAACUUAUUGAUCUUUAACCUGAUUCCGCUGAUUCCUUUCUCCCCUCCUCUCCCUCUCCCCUCUCCUGCACUGAAGCCGGGUGUCGGUCGAAGUGUACAUCUUCCCGCUGUACACCUUACGGCGCCGUUUAAGGUAAUGCUGAUGGCAGCGAGCACAAGAAAGUAAUAUACAUCAAGAAAAUGAGUGUCUCGAUCAAGACAAACUAUGUGCCUGUCAUUGCAUACUAUCAAGUAUAAACUGUAUCUGCGUCAGAACAAUUAAGUGUUCGUUUUCCUUCAUUACAAGUUAAAAUUGUGCUGACAUUACGAAGUUGAACAACCCUCGUUAAAUAAUCAACACUUGGUCAAACACUACUCAACUUGAAAUCGAAGGUAAAUGUUUAAUGUAGAUAUAUAAGAUUGACAAGACCGAGGACUUUUUUGUGGAAGAUCCUAGACUGAGAUAAAAAACACGUGUUUUGAAGAGAAUGUCCACUGGCGUCCCCGGGCCCCGCCCACCCAGACUUCCUCCACCCCCGUCCAGCUGUGAAGCCCAGUGGCGUGGCCCGCCCACUCCGCCUCCUUGCGCCAUGUGAGAGGAAACGAGAGAAAGCUUCAGCAACAGUGACAGGAGCCACCUAUUAACAGUGCGACCCUUAUCCUGGGUGUGUAGGACAGCAUGCAUGCCUCCAGGGGUGCGAUGCCGAGUCGCCGGCCGAUAGCAUUGUGGAGGACUAGAGAUUUCCACCGGCGUGUAGAGUCUGCUGGUGAACAAAGACUACAUCGUGUGGACAGCGUGAUGGAGGUAUUGCGGGCAUGGUUUGGACGUGCAGGAGUAGGUGCCUGGCGUGCCCGACGUCAAGUGGUUUGGGGAACAUGCAUAUUAGUAAUGGUAGGCGUGAUCUACCUACAGUAUGCCCCAUCCGGCCUUUUAGACCAUCCAUCUGCACCUCGCCAUCGAGCCCUCAACACUUUAUAUUCACCACAUGAACAUGAGAUGGGUCAGCAGCCUUCAGAGCGCACCCAAGUACAGCGUGUCAAAUUUGUCACAGGUGGAGAAGGCUCCCAGAAUGGACCAGAGAGUAAUGGUGACACACAUGUACAUGAUGAUGUUGACAAUAACAACAUGAACAGCAUCAAUGAGGAAGCUGUGCCAUCUGACCCUGCCAACCAACAGCACCACCUUGCUGUAGAGGGUUUGCAACGGCGAGUCGCUGAACAUCGAGUUCAGGAAGAACAGGUGGCUGCUGCUGGUGGGAAUGCUGGUGAAGCUGGUGCUGUGAUGCUGCCCCAGCAAGACUUGGCACCAGCAGGUGUGUGGGGUGGAGGCCAGUAUCGCUAUAAUCCUUAUGGUGAACCUGUAUAUGGACGAACAGACAGACCCAACUACAUCCCUCCCCAUCGUGUUGUGCACUUUGACCUGAAGGGUGCACCACCUAAAAUGUCAGCUUUUCUUCAGCUUAUUCCAUGGCUUGCACGCCAGGGUGCCACAGCUGUAAUGCUGGAAUAUGAAGACAUGUUCCCAUGGCGUGGCCGGCUGGCCCAGGUGGCAACCAAAAACCACUAUUCCAGGAAACAGAUAUCAGGUCUUGUGGCUGCUUGCCGCAGCCAUGGAUUGGAGGUCAUUCCACUAGUACAGACCUUUGGCCAUCUUGAGUUUGCUUUAAAGCAUGAACGGUUUGCCCAUUUGCGUGAGGUGCCAGAGAUUCCUCAGGCAUUGUGUCCAUCACUCAAUGAGUCCCUUUGGCUGGUACGGGCCUUGGUGGACCAAACCAUGGCACUCCAUCCUGGGGCUCGCUUCCUUCACAUCGGCUGUGAUGAAGUGUUCCAGCUUGGAGAGUGUGAGCGUUGCCGUUUAGUGAUGCGUGAAACACUAUUUCUACAGCAUGUGAAAGCUGUGGCACGUUAUGUCCGCCAGAAAUAUGCCGCUGUGCCACUCAUAUGGGAUGACAUGUUGCGUCAUGUCUCAGAGUCUGCAAUGCAAGAGGCUCAGUUAGGGCAGUUGGUAGAGCCUAUGGUUUGGGUGUAUGCCGAAGAUGUGUAUAGAUUUGUGCAGCCUUCAGUGUGGAGCAAAUUUGGGCAAGUGUUCUCCAGGGUGUGGGCAGCAUCUGCUUUCAAAGGCGCCUUUGGGGAACAGUUGACAGUGCCUAAUGUACGACGGCACUUGGAUAACAAUCUGAACUGGCUGGAUGUGAUGUCAGCUGAGACAGCCAAGUUCACAGGUGGAUUUCGAGGUCUGGUGUUGACAGGCUGGCAACGGUAUGAUCACUUUGCAGUAUUGUGUGAAUUGUUGCCUGCAGCCAUGCCCUCACUUUCUGUAAAUCUGUUGGCUGUCUCGCAUGGUUAUUUUAAUGCUAGUGUGCAAGGUCAGUUGUAUCAGGCACUGAAUUGCAUGCAGACACCCAAAUAUCAAACAUGGCUCAAUCUGGAUGCUGACCCUUUUCUGUGGGACAAAUUUUCAUGGUGCUUCUUCCCUGGAGCACCAGUGUUCAAAAUGACAGCACGUUUGGAUGCCACACGACGUGAUGUAGAUACCUAUCUGGAACGUGUGACCCGCAGCCGAGCCUGGAUCACUGAUUACAACCGUCGGCACAACUAUUCUUCUCCAAUGCGAGUGGAUGAGGACUUAGAGGAACUGCCAGCACGUUUGCACUCUGUCACAUUGCUCCUUAAAACUGCUCGUGAGGCACUAGCAGAGUGGUUUGAUGACUGGACAGUUGGUGAAUGGCUUGAACAACAUAUCUGGCCACUACUCAAUCGCCUCCAAACAUUACAGCGUGAAGCUGAGAGCAUGAAGGCUGUCAAGUACUGGCCAGCAAGACCUCUCCCACUCCUGUCUGAGCUAGCUGCUUUUGGAGUUUCAGAACCCAGUACUGUUGAUGGUCAAGGACAGCAGGAAGGAGAUGGUAGCAGUGGAAGAACAUAAAAAGCAUGAGUGCUGGAUGCUGUGGUCCAGCAUCACUGACCCACACUGCCCGGCCCAGCUGUGUUCUGCUGUGCUGAGCAAUAGCGGGGGGGGACUGAUUCUGGGGAGGCUAUUUUAUCCUUCAUAAUGGAGGACCUCAACUCCCCCCUUACCCAGUCUCACAUUCACACCAGUAUUUAUUGGGAAGAGAGAGAGAGAGAUUCUUCAAAUAAUGUAGCUUAUCACCUUUCCGCAUGUUUGUAAAUAAAUUAAUGUUUUAAUGUACACUCUAUUUUACAACUGUCUUUCACAGGUAUAGGAACACCAUUAUAUUUGUUAUACAUACACAUCCACACCUGGUAGUAUAGAUGUGUACAGGAGGAAGCAACUGUUAAUGUGGGUAUGCAUGUCGCUAUGUAUUUUUUACAUGUUAAAGUGUUAUGAAAUGCACAGGACAAACCAGUCAGUGAGAUGAUAUUUUGUUUAUAGUUGUGGUGUGUGUAUGUGUUUGAGGCAUCAGUGUACAGUUAUGGUGAUGCAAAUUUUGCCCUGAAACAGCAUUAUAUAUAUAUAUAUAUAUAUAUAUAUAUAUAUAUAUAUAUAUAUAUAUAUAUAUAUAUAUAUAUAUAUAUAUAUAUAUAUAUAUAUAUAUAUAUAUAUAUACACACACACACACACACACACACACACACACACACACACACACACACACACACACACACACACACACACACACAGUCAAACUCUCGAUUAACGCGAGAAUUACGUUCCUGGAAAUGUGUUAUUCAAAUGUGAUUUUCCCAUAGGAAACAAUGGUAAUGGGAGGGGGUUACGUUCCUGGCCAUUGGGAAAGUCUACCUAUUUUGGGGAUUUUGUUACUCAAAUCUUUAAAAAGAAAAAAAAAGAAAAAAAAAAUGAAUACAUCAAUAGGUCAUGGAAACAAUAAAAACACAUUCUCAUUUGUGCAUCUUUCUUCUCCGGUAAAUUAGAAAAUUAUUAUUUCAGUGUAAUUUGUCGUAUGAUUUUUAUAAGCCAGGAACAUUAUCCCUUAUUCAAACAUUUAUUAUUAGUGCAUUUAAUGAAAUAAACCAUGAGUAUAAUUGGGUGGUGGUUGGUAGCAGUGUUUACUAUCUACUCAGCUAAUUUAGCCACACAGUCCAGACCAUGCUGUCUCACUGUUCUGCCACAGGCAACAUGGAAAAUUCUACAAAGAGAACCAGCCUUAUUACUGCUGAAGAGCAUAAUAUAUUAACAGACUUAGUGAGCCAGGAAAAGGUGCUUCUAAAUAAAAGCACAGAUGGCCAUAAAAUGUAGCCUUAACAUGGGAGAGAAUCGCCACCUCCUUCAACUGUGAAAACUAUGGGAAGUGGACAGUCCACCAGCUAUCUACAUAAAUUGGUACUUAUCAGGCAAUAAAGACAUAUAACUGAUCAUAAGCUAAGUAUGAUUCUGAUAGAAAACUUGGGAGAUGGAGAUGCGGUGAUGCAAGCUAUACACACACACACACACACACACACACACACACACACACACACAGGUAUUUCUCAAUUUAUGGUGUUCAGAUUACAGUAAAGACUCAAUAUUUGAACAUCUUGGAAGUCAAACUUUUGAUGCUCAAAUGCAAAAGUUCGACUUGGUACUUGAAAAUAUAUCUGAUAAUAUCCACACGCAGUUAUAAACAAAGGCUCCUGGGGUGGAAUCCAUGGAACUUGUCAGUAGCAUGUCGGUAAUAACAAAGCCUUAGCGAAUGAACAGCUCUGAUAGUAAACAGUGGUUGGCAAGUGGCUAUGAUUUAUGGUUGAAUGUUAAUUCAAUAACAGUAGUUACUAGAAUAGCAGGAAGUUCAUAAAUAUUGUUGUGAUUGUGGCAGCUGGCUGCUGGACAUUUGUCUUGCCCAUUGGUGGGCUGGUGGCACGGGCAAAUUUGCUCUGUCAUCUUGAUAUUUAUUUGCACUAUUCCAUGCAAGUUUUCAUUAUGUGCAUAACAAAAUCAUGUUUCUUGUGUGGCAAAGCUUGGAUGAGGCUAAAAAAAAAAAGUAAUUUUGCGUACAUCAGUAUUUACAUACCACACCUCAGAAGGUGUAGUUAUUAGUGACGUACGUAAUAAAGAAAUAAUGAUUUCUUACCGACAUUCCAUGCAUUCAUGGAUACCAUUUUCAGUUAGGGGUACGCUUUCACAUCAGUAAUGUGUCAUUAAAGAACAUGAGAACAUAA